AUGGAGGAAAAUAAGAAUUCGAAGAAAAAAAACAGAAAAUAUAAUGAGAUAAUGUUAAAAUCAGCCAUUGAAAGUGUUUUACAGUCAAAAUUAACUUUGUACAUGGCAUCAAAGGAAUUCAACGUGCCGUGGAGUACAUUAAAGGCCAAUGUUGAACGAGUUAAAGAAGAACGCAAGCAGGGAAUAACACAGAUUAGGAUGCUCAAAGUAGGUAGACCAUUUUCUUUGUCAGCGAAUUUAGAACAAAGCUUACUGUCAUACAUUAUACAAAUGCAAGAGCUUGGAUUUGGCCUUACUGUAAACCAGAUAAGACAAAUAGCCUUUUCACUUGCUGAGACAGCUGAAUGUAAGCAUUACUUCAACAAAAGCAAAAGAUGUGCUGGAUGGAAUUGGUGGAUAAUAUUAUUUACUAUGCCUGCUCACACAAGCCACAUUUUGCAACCACUGGAUGUUGGAGUUUUUCGACCACUUAAAGCGGCAUGGAGAGCAGAGUUGCAAAAUUAUAAAGUAAACAAUCCCACCUCAGUACCUACAAGAUUUGAUUUUCACAAAUUCCUGACACCGGUUUAUGAACAAUGUUUUACGCCUACCAAUAUACGAGCAGGAUUUAGAAAAGCUGGAAUAUAUCCAAUAAAUAAAAAUGCUGUAUGUUCAGAAGCUAUUGCACCUUCAAUAUUAUCAGAUCAACCUGUUCCUACAUCACAGUUCUCUAUGGAAGAAAUAAUUAUCGGUCAAGACUACGAUGUUGAUAUUCCUCAAGCCGAAAUAAUAAAAACUAAUUAUGAUCCCCUUAGUGAAGGAGCAAUCAACGAGAAAGACGCUAGCAAACCUUCAAUCCCAAGUAUUAGUUCUAUUGCCGAGGCACAAAUUGAAAAUAGUGCUCCUUCUGAGACUUUGCAAAUGGAAUGCGAGUUAGAACAAGUUCCGAACUCAAUGUAUAAUAUAAAUACUGUAACAAAUAAUAUAACCAUUGACGAUAUACCGAGACCUAUUCUUCAAAAUAAAAAUAAAAUUGAGAUACACGACAUAUUAAUAUUACCAAAAUGGAAACCUAAUAUAAAAACACGACAAAAGAGAAAUGUUCCCAAAGCUCAGUGCUUAACACCGGUCGCCACAACAUCAUCUACAAACGUAUCUUUAAGACAUGUCCGCCGAACAACUUUUAAAAAAAGAAGAUCAAAAAGUGAAAGAUCGGCGAACACCACAACCAAACUUAAGAAAACAAGUAAAAGAAAACGUCAAACAAACUUCUCAACCAUUAAAUAG